CCACAGCCCCAGCUCAACUUUAGAUAGUCUCCUUGGCACUAUUCGCAGCCACCAUAGCGAUGUGAUGGUGGUGGUGGUGGUGCAAAGUCUCCGUUUGGAACUACAUCUCCCAUCAUGCAUCCCGGCCCCAGGAUGCCAGGCUCCUGAAGCGCGGACCGGGCCGUUCCCGGGACCCGGGAAAGGUCGGGGUGAAGAGCAGAGCACAGGGGGCCGGCCCCGUUCCCUUCUCACGGAGGGCCCGGCCCUUUAAGCCCCAGCAGGCCUCUCGGGCCGGCCUGCCGCGGCACUACUACUUCGGCCUAACAUGGCCGCUCGCGCUGGGACUGGCCCGGUGUGCAGAGCCGGGCCGAGGUCGAGGGCCAGGGACUGUUCCCGGCAUCCCUCGCGGCGUGGCGUGGGCUCUCGUCCCCACCUCCAGGUCCCGCGAGAGGGAGACCUUCGGGCUUCGAGGCGGCACCCGAGGCUCCUCUGGACCGCGCUGUGGUUGGGGAGGCCUGGUCGGCGGGGUCGCCCGGGCAGUGAGCCCCCGGCCUGCAGAGUAACGAGGUAGUAUGGCCCAGGGAUUGAUUGAGGUGGAGCGAAAGUUCGUUCCUGGGCCGGAAACAGAAGAACGGCUGCAGGAGUUGGGGGGCACCCUGGAGCACCGGGUCACCUUCCGAGACAGCUACUAUGACACCCCUGAGCUGAACCUCAUGCGGACUGACUACUGGCUGCGACAGCGAGAAAAUAGUGGUUGGGAGCUCAAAUGUCCCGGAACAGCAGGUGUCUCUGGACCCCACACCGAGUACCUGGAACUCACAGCUGAGCCUGCAAUUGUGGCCCAGCUCUAUAAGGUGCUGGGGGCUGAAGUCCCGGGGGCUGAGGGUGUGGCUGCUGUGCUGGGCCCACUGGGACUGCAGGAAGUAGCUAGUUUUGUGACUAAUCGAAGUGCCUGGAAACUGGUGCUUUCCAGAGCUGAUCAAGAGGAGCCUCCGCUCAGGGUGGACCUGGACACAGCCGACUUUGGCUACGCUGUGGGUGAAAUAGAGGCCCUGGUGCGGGAGGAGGCCGAAGUCCCCGCUGCCCUAGAGAAGAUCAACAAGCUGGGCAGCAUGCUUGGUGUGUUGGCACAGGAGAGGGCACCUGCCAAGCUGAUCGUGUACCUACAGCGUUUCCGGCCUCAGGACUACCAGCGCCUGCUAGAAGUACACAGCUCCAGAGAGAAGCCAGAGGGGACUAAUGAUGCUGACAGUAGCCUGGGCUAAGGUGUCACUUCCUCAACAACAGAGAAGAGAACUCUGAGCCUAAUGGGGUUCAUUCCUUUCCUCACUGUGCCUGUUCCCUUUCCACCGUGACGCCUCUCUCACCAGCUCUGCCUGUUCCUUCACCCUACCCUCAGCUAUCCUUGUGGAGCCCUCCCAGGCUGCCUCCUCUCCCUCAUCCGUCAGAUGCAAUCUGUGGGCCGCCCCUCUCCCCUGGCCGCUAAGCAGCCUCCAUUGAUUUCCGCUCGUGUUUAUAGGAUUUCCACUUAGCCGUGAUCAGUAGUUAAGCACAGGAAAAUCCCUUGCCACCCCCCUUCCCUUGGUCGAUGCCAUUGAUUCUGCCAGCGGCUCCUAAACCACCUUACAGCUGAGUUAGAGAUGAGGGGAGGCAGGAGGGAUUUCCCUGCCUUGGGGUGUGGGGAAUAGCAGCAGGUUGGGGAUACGGGUGGGAAUCCCUAUUGGAAAUCUAGACAUUCUGGUUUGAUUUUGCCACUGUGCCCUGCUCUGGUCCACAUGGUAAAGUGCCUCCUGUGGGGUCAGUUUGUUCCCCAGCCCAGAGAGGGGUAGAAAGAAAACCCUUCUUUGUUGAAACAGAUUCCUGAGACCAAGGGAAGACACAGACUUCCUGUUAAGACUUGUUCCUUGCUGUUAUUCAUAUGUUUUCUACCUCAAAUAUAUACAAAUAUAACUCA